AGCCUUGCGGGAUUGCGGGCUGUGUUAGGAAAAGCGGGCGUGUUGGGCUGUUAGGAAAAGCGGGACCUUUGGGCGAAAUGAAAGCUGUGUGAGGGAAAGAACAUGCGGGCACCCUAGCAAGCACACUCUCUCCCGAAGUCUACAACUCACUGACAGCAUGGGGGCCGGUAGUCAAAUCAUUUAACAUGAAGGAAGAGGAGCAAAGGACAGCCAUGUCCUUCAUUGAUACAACCAUUAAGAUGAGAAAGGAGGCAAAUGCCAAGAAAGUUGUUUUGGCCUGGGGUCUGCUGAAUGUGUCCUUAGCUGGAAUGAUUUACACCGAAAUGACUGGAAAAAUGAUAAGUACUUACUAUAACAUUACUUACUGGCCCUUGUGGUACAUUGAACUUGCCCUGGCAUCUCUGUUUAGUUUAAAUGCACUGUUUGAUUUUUGGAGAUAUUUCAAAUAUACUAUGACUUCUCCAAAUAUAACUCUGAGCCCAUCUCAGCAAAAGCUUCUAGGUGUACCUUAUUCAUCAGCCCAGUCUUCUCCACCACGGGAUCUCAUUACAAAUAAGGUUCCAGCCUCUACACCAUCUCCCAGUGUGCAGGGGCAGAAUGUGCUGAGCUACAGUCCUUCUCGUUCUCCUAGCUCCAGUCCAAAAUUCUCACCUAGUUGCAUCAGUGGAUACAGUCCUCAGAUACAGGCUAUGCUACCAAGCAGUGGUAGUCCUUUCACGUCAGUUGUUUCGUACUCCUCUAACAGCUUUCCUAAGAUUACGAGUUACAGUUCUUCUCCUGGCUCCUCGCAAUACCCUAGUAAUCUUGGUCCAGUGGAAGGUGGUCUGAGAUCUCGCUAUCGUUCAUCUCCAUCUACCUACAGCUCUCCAACGGAUAAAGAGGAUUAUAUGACUGACCUAAAAUUACUUGACACUUUCCUACGAAGUGAAGAAGAGAAACAGCAUCGGGUUCAGCUUGGGAGUCCAGAUUCGAGCUCAACUGCAGCCAGUCCAACCUUCUGGAAUUACAGUCGUUCUGUGGGUGAUUAUGCACACACCCUUCGGAAGUUUCAGUACCAGCUAGCCUGCCGUUCCCAGGCUCCCUCUGCACAUAAAGAUGAAGCCGAUCUUGGUUCCAAGCAUGCUGCUGAAGAGCAAUUCUUUCUCUUUCAGGUUUGGGGAAAGGUUACAAUGAAUCGUCAGCUGCUGGACCACAUGGAUGCAUGGACUGCAAAAUUUCGAAAUUGGGUUAAUGAAACCAUUUUGGUCCCCUUGGUCCAUGAGGUGGAUUCUGUAAACACACAAAUGAGAAGACUUGGUUGUCCUGAGUUACAGAUAGGAGAAUCGAGCAUAAGCAGUUUGAAGCAAGCAGCUCUAGUUAAAGCCCCACUCAUACCAACAUUACAUAUUAUUGUGCAAUAUCUGGACAUCACUCCAAAUCAGGAAUACUUGUAUGAGCGCCUUAAAGAACUGUCACAUGGAGGAUGUAUGAGCUCUUUUCGAUGGAAUUCAGGAGGAGAUUUUAAAGGUCGAAAAUGGGAUACAGACCUUCCAACUGACUCUGCAAUCGUUAUGCAUAUAUUUUGCACAUAUCUGGACUCUCGCCUGCCUCCCCACCCUAAAUAUCCAGAUGGGAAAACGUUUACUUCUCAGCAUUUUGUCCAGACUCCAGACAAACCAGAUACUUCAAAUGAAAAUGUAUUUUGCAUCCACCAGAGCAAUGUAAAUCCACCAUACUAUGAGUUAGUCUAUCAGAAGCACAUCUACAGCCUGCCAAAGGGGAGAAACAACUUGUUCCAUACAUUACUCAUGUUCCUGUAUAUAAUAAAGACCAAAGAAUCUGGGAUGCUUGGGAGAGUCAACCUUGGCUUAUCUGGAGUGAAUAUCUUAUGGAUAUUUGGAGACCAUUAAUGCUUGGUGUGAUCAGGAUUUCAGUCUCAACUGUUUUUCUGUAAUACAAUUUUUAACUGUGGUGCCUCUGAAAAUGUGUUUAAAACUCCUUGAUUUUGAGAAGGGACAGAUAUUGCAGACAUUACAUUUUGAUUAGGGAUGACCUGUUUUUAGCAUUAUCUGACAGAUGGGCCCACUGGCAAGAACUGACCAUUCGUGCACAUGGCAUUAAUACAAUUGUGUGGCUGAACAAUGCCCAAACAAAUUGAUCUGUAUAGAAUCUAGAGGGAGCUGUGAUCACCUCAUUUCUAGAACUGCCAGAACCCCAUGCAUACACCAAAAAGAGGCAUUGGGGGAUUUCAGUCCAGACAGAUGAAUUGUAAUUGGAGGAAAUCCCAAGACUGUUGAAUCCGCUCCUCAAGGUUGCCAUUUGACAUCAGACGGGGUUGUUUAAAUAGGCCAAACUGCCCAACUAAAGUUACAAAUAGAAAUUUUUGGAAUGGGUUUUGUUCAGAAAUCUGCUAAUGUAAUUCCAACUUGGAUCAUUUUAAGUAAUUACUCUGGAGAUAUAUAUAACAUUUGUUAUUCCAAUCUUACAUAAAACUUCAGUCUGAUAUCACAAAUGGCACAUCCUAUGUUGAGUUUUUAGGGCUGAAGAGUACCAGUACCAAAGCUGUCACUCUGUCUCACAAUUUAAAGGUGAAUUUAAGUCUGUCAGUGGGGGGUACCAAAUGUUAGGCACUCCCCCAGUAAUUGUAAUAGCUUACCUAAUACCCCAAGCCAGUGCUCCUGUUAGCAGAAAACUGCACUGGCCUGGGGUAUUUCCGCAAGUGUUCAUUGGCACCGUCUUUCUUCCUCUUCUCUUUUCUCAGUGUGGCCAUGCACACUAAAGUUAAAAAAAAAAAAAAAAAAAAAAAGCUUUUACUCUACUACGCAUGGGCCUUCCCGGAUUGGAACUAAAAAAAGACAGAGGAAACCAAAGAUCUUCUGCAGAAAUACCCUGGGCUGGUUCAAUUUUUAGCAAAUAAGCAUCGGCCCCGGGUAUCAGGUAAGUGAUUUUAAUCACUGGAGGUUCCCUAACUUUUUGGCGACCCCCCCAGCAGUUUAAACUUUAGUUCCCCUUUAAAUGAGGCAGCAGUAGUGGUUUGUGGCAUUUAUCUGCUGGCUGAAAUGCACCUAUGGGGAGAUUACACCUCAUAUGCCAUAACCCUUUAUGUUAUGUUUAAAAUUAUCUUUUUCUUUUAAAGCUUUGUUUUUAUACAACUAUGUAUGUGCCAUUUAGAAAUAAUUAUUUAGAGGUACAAUUCUUGUGUCACAUUUUUCCACAACACAGCUGUACACAACUGUUUAAUAAAUUGUAUAUACUACUGACUUAUUAGCAUUAGCUAAAAAGUUUACAUUAGAUUUUUCUCAUUCUGGUAUUUAUGGGAACUACUCUAUGCAGAAAUGUUUAAUUGGAUUUCUAAACAAACUUGAAAAUUUUCAGUAAACUGUAUUCAUAAAUUUGUCUUUUUGAUGUCAUACUAUGCAGGCCAUUUCUUUUUAACUGUAGAACUUUGCAUAGUCUGAGAAAUUGUAACUACGUACAGAUUUUGUAUAGUAUUUAUAAUGCCAACAUGUUUUAUUCAACCUUGAGCAGGGUUUUGCAAAUAAAGAACUUUAGAGCACUC